CUGGGCUGCUCAAUUUGCACGACAGCAGGAGAUGAUGCAGCAAAUAGCACUAGGGCAACGUCCAGAUUUUUCAGCGAUGACUAUGCCACCUCCUCCACCUAUCCCGCAGUUUGUACCGACUCCACAAUUUAGUUGGCCCACACCUGCACCUCAGGUCCCUCCAGGAAACUUGCUAACUCCGGGAAAUGAGGACUCUGAAGAUGCGGUCGCUUCUUUUGUGGACGGUCUUCUAAACAGUGGAGGAGCUAGCGGAUCAAAUCAACCACAUCCAUUUGAUCAACCUCCUCCAUUUGAGUAGCCUGUCUGCUUGUGUGUUUCUCGUACUAUGGACUUGUGAACUUGUGGUAUUGGGAACUUGUGUUAUUGUGAACUUGUGAACAUUGUGAAUUUGUGAACAUUGUGAACUUGUGCUUUAA